AUGUUGGCUCAGUCCAAGUUCCACCGCCAAACUCCAGCAUGCAUGCAUGGCCAUUUCAGAUUCUACAAUCAUUUCUAUAAUGUUGUUUCAAAGAAUGAUGUUUUUGCCAGAACUCUGCUGGCUCCUUGCUUAUCCGUGUCAGGUUUUGUGGAAGCCCUGCUGCCUUACUGGCAGAGGUCUGUUGAGCAGAUGAAUAAUAAUGAUGCAGACAUUCUCAUGGAGCCUGCAGACUUGGACUUUAACAAGUAUUUAGUUACUGUCCUGCAUCAUGCUUGUGCAGUGGUUAACUUGAUCACUGUUAACAAUAUGGAGCCUGGAAACAAACUGAUAUCAAGUCUGAAGCCUGCAGUGAAGUUAAGCCCUUAUAGGCCAUUUGGGUACUAUUUGUUCUGCUCAAAGGAGGGAGGUCUUUUUGUUGAAAACAUUGAGGCUGUGGUGCCCAUCCUAUUUUACUCCUUGGCUAGUGCUCAAGGUGAGGCUUCAAUCUCAGACCACACUGGGUAUGAUACAGUCUUCAAUGCCCACACAAACGUCGUCAAUUUGGAAGGGCUUCAAAAUCUUCCAUUAUCACAAGGUGCACCACAAUCUUCUGCCAUGGAAAUCCAGCUGAAUGCUCUUGGAAUCGGCAUUCAGAACACAAGAGCUAGACUUGCACUGAGAGCUGCAGGAGAGGCAGAACAUAAGCUGAUAGAUAACCGCAACAAACUAAAGGAAGAACUGGCAAAGUUGUUAGAAGGACAUAUGACAAAAGUGAAAGAGUAUAGAACCAGAUGUUUGAACAAGAACGUUGGAUACUAUGACGCUUUCAGGGAACAGAAGGAGAAGGAAGAUUUUCAUGCCAACCUUAACAGGCUUAACCUUGUCGCCUUUUAUGACAAGUUAGAAGAUAUGGUGGAGACCCACCAGGUGCCCGAUGACUUCCAAUUCAUUGAAGAAUUGAUAAAAGAAGGAACAGAAUAUAGGCUUUAUGUAGAGCCUCUAGACAUUGCAAAUUAUUAUAGGUUGGGCAAGCAUGAGGACUCAGGACAUUAUAUUAGAAAUGCAAGGCCUCCUCGUUAUAAAGCUCUUGAAAAGUGGUUGGCAGACAUAAAAUCCGAAGAAAAGAAGCUAUAUGUGUUUAAUAGUCUCCAAGGUAUAAUAAAGGACUCCUUAUUCUGGGCUCAUGUUGAAAAAGUUUCAUGGAUAAUGAGUAAUCCAAGGGAAAAUCUAGAGGUUAAGAGGAUCAGGUGCACCGAUUUACAGAACUAUGUGAAGCAACUGUUGGAGAGGAAUGAGUUGUGCAUGGAGGAGGUUGUGAUGGGAGAAUCCAGUUUUGUGAAAUGGUGGAAGAAGCUCAGUCCACAAGACCAACAAGCCUCCCCCAUAUCCUCUAUUUUUCAAGGCAUAAACUGUUGA